ACUGGGAACAAAUUAACCCUGAGGACCUGCUGGAGACUGGAAAUCCAACUACUAAAGGGUGAUGCAAGAUGAUGGAAGAGAAUCUGUGGAGUGUCUUCCCCAAAGAUGAUGAUCUGUUUGCAGACUGUUACACGGAGGAGAGGGCUUAUGAGUUUUGUGGACAUGCUUUAAAGAUCACCCAGAGCUUCAGCACUGAUUUGGGAGUUGCCGGUAUAGUCUGGGAUUCUGCUCUUGCUCUUUGUCAGUACCUUGAUGAGCAGAAGAUAAGCUUCUGUGGGAGGAAAGUGAUUGAACUAGGUGCAGGCACUGGAAUUGUGGGGAUUCUGGCUGUACUUUUGGGGGGCGAUGUAACCUUCACAGACCUUCCUCAUGCUUUGAAGGAAAUCAAGAGCAACAUCUCAGUGAAUGUACCCUCUUCCUGCAUACACCGCUUACGGCAGAUCUUCUCUACACAACCAGCCCAGUUUCUCCACUGUUCUGGGGCUAGAUUGAUAGUAGCUGAUAAAGAUCUUCUCAUUAAACUCCGGAAGAAGACAGGAUACUCAUUUACAAAUUGUAAGAAGGCUUUGGAGAAGUUUCACAGUGACCUUCAACAGGCUGAAGCCUGGCUGCAUGAACAAGCCCACAAGGAAGGAUGGAGUAAAGCUUCUAAACUACAAGGCCGGAAGACAAAGGAGGGUCUUAUUGGAUUGCUGCACGAUGGAAAUUUGGCUGUACUGGUGGAGGUCAAUUGUGAAACUGACUUUGUUGCCAGAAAUAUAAAGUUCCAGCAGUUGGUGCAGCAGGCAGCAGUGGCCACGAUGGAACAUUGUCACUCCAAGCAGGCAAAUACCAUUGAUUAUACCAAGAGUUUCCUUAUGGCUGAAGAAAUAAAGCAAUUGAAAACAAGUUUAGACAACCGUGCUCUCGCUGACCAGCUCGCUCUGGCCAUCGGUAACCUUGGUGAGAACAUGGCAAUCAGAAGAGCUGCCUGGGUGGCUGUGCCAUCUGACUGGUACAUUGGUACAUAUGUUCAUGGACAGCUGCCAGCAGACAACCCAUCCCUUUCAAAGAUGAUGUUUGGAAAAUAUGGUGCGUUGGUGGUCUACAGGGCCCUGGAACAGAAUUCCAAAAUAAACCUGCCUGAACUAGGCCGCAGGUUGGGACAACAUAUUGUGGGGAUGAUGCCUCUGUCUGUGGGGUCAAUGGAUGACCCGCCUGGUGAUGAUUCAGAGACCAAGAUGUUAGCUCAGCCAUUCCUGCUGGACUCUGGCACAACGGUGGGGCAGUUCCUGCAGAUGAGCGGCGUGUCAGUAUUGGACUUCGUGCGAUAUGAAUGUGGCGAAGCAGCCGAGGUGGGCGAAACUGUGUAGUUAGAGUAUUGUAAUGCCUCUGGCAAAGAGUAACAGUGCAUUUCAUUGUCCAUUUUCGGAUGUAGAAUAAAAUAAGAAUAUUCAUCCUAUUUAGUGAGGAUUGAUCAAUCUCUUUUUCCCCUCCCUUUUUAAAAAAGCUAGGGCUAAAUUGUUUGCCCAUUUUCCUCUGACCAUUCUUCAUUGGGGAUGGGCUUGCUUUAGGAGUAACUGAGGUGGGCCACGUGCACCAGAGUCAAACACAAUAUCCAUAGGUAUGUAUGAUCAAGCAUAGGUCACUGGCUAGUGCUGGGCAUCGAGAAACUUGACUGAAGUUACCUGAGUCGAAGGAAACUGAGGUCAUCAUUAGUGCCUUCACUAGAGAGUAAAAGGAAUAUAAAGGUAUACUAUGGCAUUUACAAUACAAGAAUGUCCCAAAGACUCUUUGCAGGCCAAUGAGACUGUAGUUCCUGUUGUAAUAUGAGAGACUAAUCUGUGUACUGCGAGCUCUUGCAAUCACCAAUGAGAUCAAUGACCACACUGCAUAUUUUAAUAUUGUUGCCUGAAAUAUUUAAAUACCAGCUCUAGGACUUGGAGACAACCCCCUGCAUUGUUUCAAAACAGGGACAUAGGAUCUUUAACAUCCACCUGACAGGGUAGAUUGGACCUCAAUUUAAUAUAUUGAAUUGAAUUGACUUUAUUACCUACAUCCUUCAUAUGCAUGAGGAGUAAAAAUCUUUACAUUAUGUCUCCGUCUAAAUGUGCAUCGUGCAAUUUAUAGUAAUUUAUAAUAAAUAGUAUGUACAACAGGACAGUCAAUAUCGCACUGAAAUAUAAUUCUAUCAGCAUGAGUUAAUUAGUCUGGAAG